AAGAAAAGGGAGAGAGAUGUACAGAAAAUGUUACCGGGCCUAAAACAACAGCCUAAACGAUAACAAGAAGAGAGCCCCAGAUGGCAAUAGCGGCAACCAGUUUGAAGUUAAAAGAAGUUUGGGAGGAAGCGAAUGUCUGCCUUGAUUUUGUGCAAAGCAAUCGCAUGCUCCUCUCUCCGACAGAAGAUGUCUUGGACCUGCAAGAAAUGCACUUUCAUAAACUCUCCAUCUCCAAAAUCCACUUGCCAAAUCUGUCUGUCACCUCCUUCUCCUCUUCCUUCUUCUUCUUCUCCUCCUCCUCAUCAAGAAACCCCAAAAUGGUCAUGCAAGGCCUGCACUUUCUUGAACGUAUACAAGAAUACUUCAUGUGAAAUAUGCGGUACUAGGGCAUCUCUUUCUUCUCUUUCCAGUUUUGGUGAUUUGAAUGAUAUUGGUCUUGAUGGUGACUUGGAUUCUUCUGUUGGUUCUGUUUUCUUGCCCUUGAGGAUUUGCAAGAGAAAGAUCACUGAUUCAACUGAUGUUGUUGAUAAGGAUUCUGUUCAAUCGGAUAGCUCUCGUGGAGUUAAGGCCUCUAAUAAGGCUGUUUAUAAUGUUGAGGAUAGGAGUGAUGAAGAUUUUCUGAAAUUGGGUGGUUUUCAAGGGUUUGGGGCAUCCAACAAGGCAGUCACUGUUGUCAAGGAGGAAAUCAAUCCACCGAUAGCUUCGAGUUCAUUCAAGAUUUUGAGCUAUAAUGUUUGGUUUCGAGAAGCUCUAGAGGUGCAUAAGAGGAUGAAAGCUCUUGGUGACAUUAUUCAACUGCAUUCUCCUGAUGUGAUUUGCUUUCAGGAAGUUACUCCAAACAUAUAUGACAUAUUUAGGCAAUCCGGCUGGUGGAAAGUAUAUCACUGCUCUGUUUCAAACGAGACUGCAGGUUCAAGACCAUACUUCUGCAUGCAGUUAAGCAAACUUCAAGUAAGAUCUUUCAGCUGUAGGCCAUUUAACAACUCUGUAAUGGGGAGAGAACUUUGCAUUGCGGAGCUUGAAGUUCCUCAUAGCAAGCCAUUAGUUGUUGCCACAAGCCAUCUUGAGAGUCCCUGCCCUGCACCUCCAACAUGGGAUCAGAUGUUUAGUAAGGAGCGUGUAGAUCAGGCGAAAGAGGCCACCAAUGCUCUCAGCAAGAAUCCAAAUGUGAUUUUUGGCGGUGACAUGAACUGGGAUGACAAGUUAGAUGGUCAGUUUCCUUUACCUGGUGGAUGGGUUGAUGCCUGGGCAGAGUUAAGACCGGGUGAAAAUGGAUGGACAUACGAUACCAAGUGCAAUAAGAUGUUGUCGGGUAACCGUACAUUGCAAAAGAGACUUGAUCGAUUUGUGUGCAGUCUGCGUGAUUUCAAAAUAAGUAAAAUUGACACGAUAGGUAAGGAAGCAAUACCAGGUUUAUCACAUAUUAAGGAGAAGAAAGUGAGAAAAGAGGUAAAGAUGUUGGAGCUCCCUGUUCUGCCAAGUGACCAUUAUGGCUUGCUCUUAACAAUUUCCGCUCGAUGAUGUUGGUAGGUUCGAGCAACGGAGCAAGUUCUCAAGAAAAGAUUAAUGAACUAGGUGUUCAUUUUUGCAUUUGCCUCUCUGCGAUCUUUGGGAGCAUUUUGUAUAGACAACAAAUGAAAAUGAUGUAAAGGCUUGAGACUUGAGAGCAUUUUGGAAGCUUGUUGCUUUCGAUUUUGCACAAAGCUUUUUGGAAGGAGCGAGUGUGAGCUCUCUUAAUAACUUGAAUCAAGUUUGUCUUGUCCUUCCUGUGAUCAAUAUGGGUUAUCCAGAAAUUCCUGAAUUGUUCAAA